GGGGCCUGGCGGCCGGUAGUUUCCACUGGUGGGUAGCGCGUGCCCCGGAAGCGGAAGCGGUGGCGGCGCUCGGCCAUGGCGCGGGAGAAGCAGACGGAGGCGGCGGCGGAGGCGGAGGGAACUCCCGAGCGCUCGUACCGGGAGCAGCUCGACUACCUGAACCCCAUCGCGCAGCCCCUCGCCUCCCGCAAGCUGACGCGCAAGCUCUACAAGUGCAUCAGGAAAGCGGCCAAGCACAAGCAGAUCCGUCGUGGCGUGAAGGAGGUUCAGAAGUUCAUCAACAAAGGCGAGAAGGGGAUCACGGUGCUGGCCGGCGACACGCUGCCUAUCGAUGUGUACUGCCACAUCCCCAUCAUGUGCGAGGACAGGAGCCUCCCCUACGCAUACGUCCCUUCCAAAUCGGACCUGGGAGCCGCGGCUGGCUCGAAGCGCCCGACCUGCGUGAUCAUGAUCAAGCCCCACGAGGAGUACCAGGAGACCUACGAUGAGUGCUUGGAGGAGGUGGGGGCCCUUCCCUUGCCCCUGUGAAGGGCUGGCGGCAGGUCCUCCUCCUCCCCCUGCCCGUGAGGCUCUCCCCCCGUGUUUGCGGGGAUGCUGCCGAGGGCACUGACCGGGGGAAUGGGGGUCAGCGCUGCGGGGUUGAAUAAACGUGUCUGGGGGGUUUGUA